GGUAAUUUAUUAGUUUGAGAGUAAUUUCGUACUUGAAAGUAAUAGGAUAAUAGUUUAAUACAUAGAAAAAGUAAAAGGACAUAUAUGGAAUUCUCAGACCUGUAAAAAUUGAAUUUGGAAGGCACCAUUUUCUCGGACCUGAAAAUUUGAAUUUUAUUAUGGAGGGAGGCCCUAUCUUGAAGCUGAUAGUUGAGAAAGAUAAUCGAGAGAAACAAACCCUAGAGUUCCAACCUGGAUCGGUGGUUAAAAUCGGAAGAUUCGUUCGAGGUAAUACAUUAGUAAUUAAAGACUCAGGGAUUUCAUCGAAACAUCUUUCAAUUGAAUUCGUCUCCGGCGAAUGGAUCCUCUCCGACCUUGGAUCCUCCAAUGGAACAUUUGUAAACGGUGAAGUUAUCGAUGUCGGCACCUCGAUAAAGCUUGGAGAUGGCGAUGCGAUUAAAAUCGGCGAGCUUACCUCCAUCGAAGUUAGGAUCGAAGUGCAAAAUGUUGGUUGUAGUACUCUAAGGCGAAACCCUAGGCGGCGAGCAGUAAAGGAUUCGGAACAGUAUUCUGUAGGGAUUUCGGGAGUUAGGAGCCGUCGAGGAGGUGAGUUGGCUUCGACUGCUGGGAAGAAAGAACUAGGGUUAGGUUUGGCGGUUGGCGGUGAAGGUAAGGUUCGGCGGGGUAGACCUAGGAAGGUUGUGGCGCAAACUGAUGAUUCUCAAGAGAGUUUUCAUGCGGUUGUAGAAGUUGGGAAUGGACAGAAGACGAAGUCGAGUUUGUUACCUCCUCUUAGCUCCACUGUUGAUGUAUGUUCCGCGUUGGAAGAAGAAGGGUUUUCAGCUGAGAUUGUGCAGAAGGAGACUCGUGGCCGCCGAGGAAGGAAGAGAAAGGUAGAUGUUGAUCCACCAUUGAUAGUCAGAAAUGAGGUGAUUGCAGAGAAAUGUAGUUUGAAGAAUUCUCAAAUUGGUAAAGAAGAUGAUGAAGAAGAAGAAGGGGUUUCAGCUGAGAUUCUGCAGAAGGAGACUAGUGGCGGCCGAGAAAAGAGGAAGAGAAAGGUAGAUGUUGAUCCACCAUUGAUAGUCAGAAAUGAGGCGAUUGUAGAGAAUUGUAGUUUGAAGGAUUCUCAAAUUGGUAAAGAAGAUGCUGAAGAAGAAAACCAGAGGGAUGUUGAGGCUGCAGAAGAAGAAGGGGUUUCAGCUGCGACUGUGCAGAAAGAGACUCGUGGCCGCGGAGGAAGGAAGAAAAAAGUAAAUGAUGAUCCACCAUUGAUAGUCAGAAAUGAGGUGAUUGUAGAGAAAUGUAGUUUGAAGGAUUCUCAGAUUGGUAAAGAAGAAGGGGUUUCAGCUGAGAUUGUGCAGAAGGAGACUCGUGGCCGUCGAGGAAGGAAGGGAAAAGUAGAUGAUGAUCCACCAUUGAUAAUCAGAAAUGAGGUGAUUGUAGAGAAAUGUAGUUUGAAGGAUUCUCAAAUUGGUAAAGAUGAUGAAGAAAACCAGAUGGAUGUUGAGGCUGCAGAAGAAGAAGAAGGGGUUUCAGCUGAGAUUGUGCAGAAGGAGACUAGUGGCGGCCGAGAAAAGAGGAAGAGAAAGGUAGAUGUUGAUCCACCAUUGAUAGUCAGAAAUGAGGCGAUUGUAGAGAAUUGUAGUUUGAAGGAUUCUCAAAUUGGUAAAGAAGAUGCUGAAGAAGAAAACCAGAGGGAUGUUGAGGCUGCAGAAGAAGAAGGGGUUUCAGCUGCGACUGUGCAGAAAGAGACUCGUGGCCGCGGAGGAAGGAAGAAAAAAGUAAAUGAUGAUCCACCAUUGAUAGUCAGAAAUGAGGUGAUUGUAGAGAAAUGUAGUUUGAAGGAUUCUCAGAUUGGUAAAGAAGAAGGGGUUUCAGCUGAGAUUGUGCAGAAGGAGACUCGUGGCCGUCGAGGAAGGAAGGGAAAAGUAGAUGAUGAUCCACCAUUGAUAAUCAGAAAUGAGGUGAUUGUAGAGAAAUGUAGUUUGAAGGAUUCUCAAAUUGGUAAAGAUGAUGAAGAAAACCAGAUGGAUGUUGAGGCUGCAGAAGAAGAAGAAGGGGUUUCAGCUGAGAUUGUGCAGAAGGAGACUAGUGGCGGCCGAGAAAAGAGGAAGAGAAAAGUAGAUGAUGAUCCACCAUUGAUAGUCAGAAAUGAGGCGAUUGCAGAGAAAUGUAUUUUGAAGGAUUCUCAAAUUGGUAAAGAAGAUGAUGAAGAAGGAAACCAGAUGGAUGUUGAGGCUGCAGAAGAAGAAGGGGUUUCAGCUGCGACUGUGCAGAAAGAGACUCGUGGCCGCGGAGGAAGGAAGAAAAAAGUAAAUGAUGAUCCACCAUUGAUAGUCAGAAAUGAGGUGAUUGUAGAGAAAUGUAGUUUGAAGGAUUCUCAGAUUGGUAAAGAAGAAGGGGUUUCAGCUGAGAUUGUGCAGAAGGAGACUCGUGGCCGUCGAGGAAGGAAGGGAAAAGUAGAUGAUGAUCCACCAUUGAUAAUCAGAAAUGAGGUGAUUGUAGAGAAAUGUAGUUUGAAGGAUUCUCAAAUUGGUAAAGAUGAUGAAGAAAACCAGAUGGAUGUUGAGGCUGCAGAAGAAGAAGAAGGGGUUUCAGCUGAGAUUGUGCAGAAGGAGACUAGUGGCGGCCGAGAAAAGAGGAAGAGAAAAGUAGAUGAUGAUCCACCAUUGAUAGUCAGAAAUGAGGUGAUUGCAGAGAAAUGUAUUUUGAAGGAUUCUCAAAUUGGUAAAGAAGAUGAUGAAGAAGGAAACCAGAUGGAUGUUGAGGCUGCAGAAGAAGAAGUAGAACCUGAUUUGGAGAAAAUGACCCUUGGACAGUGGUUUGAUUACAUGGAGGUCUAUCUGCCUAAACAAAUCAAAGAUGCAACUGUAGAGAAGAUCUCAAACAUCAAAGCAAAAGCAGCAAGGUUCAACGAAUUCAUGCUUCAACAAAAGAAUGAGAAACAGAAAGGUGAUAAUCUAUCUUUUGCUGUUAGUAAAUAAUGUAAUGUUGCUCAGAUUACUUUAUAAUGCAUGUCAUGUUU